UGUAUUGAUCAGUAGUUUUCACAGUAAUUUGAAUAGAAAUGCUUGUUACGUUAUCUCUUAACAUUAAUCUCAUUAAGUAAUAAAUAUUAAACUUCUCUGUUCAACUACAUUUUUAUUUUGCACUUGGCUGUGAAACUCAUUGUAGAGUAAAACAUUGCCGCCAAACAAGUUCGAAACGCGUCGUUUGCGAAGUUGGUUAUUGCAACUGCUUCUGCUAAACUGAUUAUUGUUUGUCUCUGUAGUUGUGAUCUUUAACAAGACUUCCUUGGUAUUGUUGUUGUGUUCUUUAGUUAUAGUUGCAAACGCUGUUUUUGUGAUACGGAUAUUGCAAGGUAUUCCAGUCUAGUUUUAAUACAUAGCAGCAUUUUAUUAACAAUGUUUUAUUCCUACAUUUAAGCAGUGUUCAUGUAUUUUACUCACCAGUUAUGGCCAAAUGUUCACUAAAUGCGACUAGAUACGAAAAGGAAAAACUUAUUGGAUCUGGGACAUACGGUAAUGUGUGGCUGGUGCGCUCAAAACAUAGUAGAAUAUCUCAUGUCUUAAAAGAAAUUAAUUUAAAGUCACUGGAUGCUUGUGAACAGCAGCAAGCUUUGACUGAAGUAGCAAUUUUGUCAAAAUGUCAGCACAGAAAUAUAAUAAGGUAUAAAGAAGCUAUGAUUGAACAUGAUAGAGGAAUAUUAUCCAUCAUCAUGGAAUACGCUGACGGGGGUGAUCUGUAUACUGCAAUUACGAGACAGAAAGGUGUUCCCUUCAAAGAACCCCAUGUGCAUCUUUCCUUUUAGUGCAUUCUUUUGUGGUUCAUUCAAAUAAGUUUGGCAUUGCAGUACAUCCAUUAUCAAAACAUUUUACACAGAGAUUUAAAAACGCAGAAUAUUUUCCUAACACGGAAUAAGAUUAUUAA